ACUAAAACAAAUGUCAAUGUCAAAAUUCGAUAAACAACAAAUCACCGUGUCCUGCGUUUUCUGCUCCGUAAAUAAAAAAUACAAAUCGUAAUCGCAGACCCAUAUACAAUAUCUGAAUCAGCUUCCUCUCACAACAACCACUCGUACAUCUCAAAUAUUACCCAGUGUAGGGACAUUGUUGUCUCUUUUCUCAGAAAACAAGAAACAGCCGGCACGAGAGCAGAAAAAAUAUUCGAAGUACCACCAUUACCUAGGUAGUUAAAGGAAAGAAAAUAUAUUUAUGAAAGUGAGCCAGUGAAGUGGGCGCCAUGGCUGAGCAGGGCACUCCCGUGGAGCUCUACAUCUAUGAUCUCACUAAUGGGCUUGCUUCGUUGUUGUCUCCCACAAUAUUAGGUCGGCAGAUCGAGGGCGUGUGGCACACCGCCAUCGUGGUGUACCAGCGGGAGUUUUUCUACGGCGGCGGCGGCAUCACUAGCUGCGCGCCGGGCGGCACACAGCUGGGCGCGCCACUCCGCGUGGAGCACCUGGGCGACACCUUCGUGCCCUACGCGGUGUUCGGCGACUACAUCCAGGGCCUGGCCACCACCACCUACAGCCCGUCUGCGUACAAUCUCCUCGAGCACAACUGCAAUCACUUCAGUGAAGAAGUGGCACAGUUCCUGUGCGGCGCACACAUUCCCAAACACAUCGUGGCGCAGCCGGAGGAGCUGCUGGCGCCGAGCACUCGCGCCGCCGUGCAGGCGCUGCUGGACAACCUGGUGCCGCAGACUGCGCAGAACAUGUACACGAACGGCACGGCGCGGCACAGCCGACAGGACAGCCCCGACUACCUCACGCUCAACACGCAGAUCGAAGAGGCCAGGGCGGCGUCGCAGGAGCUGGACGCGCGGCGCAGCUCGCUGGCGGAGAAGCUGGCGCGCAAGCAGCGGCGCCGCGACAAGAAGCGCAAGAAGCUGCAGCGCGAGUGCGGCGACGCGCUCGACGAACACGACGCUGAAGACAUGGCGGAAGCAGUGGAGGCGACGGCGGCGCCGGAGGAGCUGGCGCGCGCGGGCCCCAGCGCCGGCGCGCUGGACGCGGACGAGCGCCGCCAGGAGGAGCUGCGCAAGCGCGCGAGGGACCCGCCUAUCGUCUUCUCCGACAUCGACGGCGUGCAGGAGUACGAGAAGCUGGCGGCGGCGCUGGCGGGCGCGCAGCUGUCGCCCGAGGAGCGCCAGAGCCUGGACGAGCUGCAGCAGUACCUGGUGCACGGCGAGGGCAGCUGGGUGCUCGGCGACGACUUCCUCGCCUUCGUAGGGCGGCUGCUGGGCUGGGCGGAGGCGGGCGUGCGCGUGGCGGCGCUGCGCUGCCUGGCGGCGGCGGCGCUGCGCGAGGACGUGUCGCUGCUGCUGCACCAGGACCGGCGCCACCACGCGCUGCUCAACUACGCGCACGCCGUGGACGCGCUCUCGCUGCCCGAGCAGCAGGCGCUCGCGCUCUUCCUGUGCAACCUGUUCGAGAACAUCUCGUCGUCGGAGUGGCUGCUGUACAUCAGCGAGUGGGAGCACAACGGGCAGCCGCUGUCCAACAUCCGCGCCACCACUAAGGUGACGGUGCACGCGUGCCUCAGCGCCGACCCCGAGCUGCGCGACGUGGGCACGGCGCUCAUGUACAACAUCGCCACCAAGGAGUAUGUACGGCAUGUAUGCGGGGACGAGCGUGUCUGCAGCGAGUGUGUUGCAGCGGCUGGGCGCGGGCGCGGCGCUGCGCCGCCUGCUGCCGCGCCGCGCCAAGAGCAAGGUGUUCGACGAGGUGUGCGUGGAGCUGGCCAUGGCGCUGCUGCAGCUGCUGCAGUGGGCGCCGGGCGAGGAGCAGCUGUGGCGCGCGUGCCGGGCGCUGGCGCGCUUCGUGGCGCACUCGCCCGACGUGCCGCAGCUCGUCGCCAUGGUGGGGCCCGACCCCGCCGCCUUCCGGGGCACGAGCCCGCGCGUGGACGAGCAGAUCGAGCUCAUCAUGAAGCACGUCAAGUAGCGGCGCCGGCGCCCGCGCACCUUGUACAUAUACCAUUACCUGAUAGUACUAAUGUAUGUUAAGGCCAAAUUUAGCGUAAGUACCUGAGCUGAGGACGAGCUUCGAUUAUGUCAAUUUGAUAUACACGAAUGUAUUUAUUGUAUUUAUAUUAUGAUUGCUGCUAGCACUAACACGCGGUGACUGCGGUGCAUUUACACUAUAUGUACGUAUAUUGUAUAGUUAUGUUAUAUAGUUGCAAAAAAAUUAAAUCUGUGGGAUAUUGA